CGCUGCAGAGUUGUUUACGUCACAGUUACGCCAAGACGCACCCCCGGAAAUGUAGUUUUCAGAGGCGGAUGCUUGUCGCUGUUGUGGCGGAGGUCAGAGGUCAUGCUUCUCCACAAUGAAUUCGGUCCGCAAACGCCUCAAACUGGCCCCGUCCAGAACCCAGACUACUGUCACCAGCAACAACGCCAACAACCUUGUCGACCCCGGUGCACGGAGCGUCCGAACGCCACGCUGCAGUCCUCAGGCUGUCUCCCAUGAUGCUUCGCUGUUGCCCCCACCUGCAGCUCCUGCAGGCAGCAGAGCUGAGGAGGAGGAGGAAGAGGGUUACCUGCUGGUGGAGGAAGACACCACCGACUCCAGCCUCGUCAUCACCAUGGAGGACAGUCAGGUGGAGCUGAAGGCAGGAAGGAGGAGAGCAGUGAGGAAGAGGAAGAAGAAACUGACUGAGGAAGAGGAGGAGCAGAGGGGCGGAGCUUCAGAGAGCGAGGAGGAGGAGGAGGAGGUGGGAGUAGACGUGGAGAUUGACAGGCAGCUGGACCAAUCACUGGAGACAAAGUCCAAACAGCACAACUUGACCACUGUGAAUGUCAAGAACAUCAUCCAUGAAGUGAUCACCAACGAACACGUGGUGGCCAUGAUGAAAGCUGCUAUCAACGAGACCGAAGCCGUCCCUCCGUUUGAGCCCAAAAUGACUCGAUCGAAGUUUAAAGAAGUCGUGGAGAAGGGAGUGGUGAUUCCAGCCUGGAACAUCUCUCCCAUCAAGAAAACCAGUGACGUCAACAAGGCUCCUCAGUUUGUCGACAUCCCUCUGGCUGAGGAAGACUCCUCUGAUGAAGAGUACCGUCCUGAUGAGGAAGAGGAAGACGAGACAGCUGAAGAUACAUUCCAGGAGAGCGACAUGGAGAGCACGGCUUCGUCUCCCAGAGGAAGUCGACUGAACAAAGUGGAUGAGGACAGCUGCAGCCCCUGGCAGACUUCUCGCAGCCGAUCCAGGCGUUUUAGGGCAGGGUCUGUCUCAAUGGGCCCUCCUCCUCCUCCCAAAGCUCUGCCUCCCAAAGCAGUGCCUGACAGCACCUUCCUGGAGAAGCUUCAUGCUGUGGAAGAGGAGCUGGCUGUGUGCAUGGAGCCCUACCAGGAACUGGACGUAAAGCAGAACUGGAAUCAGAACCAGACAGAGUCGGAGGACGAGGUCGGUCUGAUGGCGUACCGGACUCGGUCGAAGCGUCCUCUACGCGAUGUCCCGUUGGGCCAGCUGGAGGCGGAGCUCCGAGCCCCUGACAUCACACCUGACAUGUAUGACUCCAGCUCUGCCCACGAGGACAGGGAGUGGACUGAUUGGCUGAGAGGCCUGAUGACCACAGAGAUGAUGGACAACGAAGAGGAGUGUGAUGAUGAAGAUGAUCCAGAGUACAACUUUCUGGCUGACAUCGAUGAACCGGACCUGGAGGAUUACCGUGACGACAAGGCUGUCCGCAUCACCAAGAAGGAGGUGAAUGAACUGAUGGAGGAGUUGUUUGAGACGUUAAAAGAGGAUCUUGCAGGACAGGAAGUGGAUGAUGAAGGCCACGAAGAAGAGGAAGAGCUGCAAGAAGAAACACCAACUGUACAGACACAAACAACACAGGAGCAGCACAACACACGACUGAGCGACGAUGAGGCGGAGGACGGACCAAUCACAGAGCUGCGUACAGUGAAGCAGCAGCUGGCGUUGAUCAGGAAGAGACAGCAGACUCACACACACUAUAACACACACACUCGCUGUCCUGAGCCAUACACACUGAAAUUGGACAAACUGCAGAAGAAGAGACUGCAGCAGCAGCUCCAGCAGCACGUCCAGCUGUUGGUUCAGAUUCACCUGUUGAGUUCACCUGUGGCCAAACUGCACAGCGAAGCUGAGACCACCAGACAGUUCCUGUUUGAGUUGGACCUGUUGGCUCAGAGAGGUGAGCUGCUGAUGUCACCAGGUGUUCCAGGUUUCUGCAGCUCCUUCAGAGCCUCCAACCUGCAGGAGGCGCUGCAGCUGCUGGAGGAGCUGCGACAGGCUCCCAUCACCUACCUGCCGCACAAACGCACACCUGACGCCCGCGGACACAUGCGGUGUUUCCCUGUCAUGCCGGCUGAACUGGCCUGGCUGUUUGCCACUCGUUCGGUCUUCCUCUACCCGGAGCUGCUGCCCUCUGUGAGCCUCGACCCCGCUCUGUACUGCCCCCGCCGGACGGCCGCAUUCACUGUAGCUGAGGACUGCCUGCUGGUUCUGGGUCUCAGGAACAUGGAGGGGUCAUGUGAUCCGACCAAGCUGGUGUCUCAGUUCUUACUGAGGAAGACUCUGGUUCAGGUCCGACGGAGAAUCCUGCAGUGCUGCAGACCCGGUUCCCCCGACAACAUCGUCAAGGCGUUCAGGUAUCAGCGUGUGUUGUGGUCGAUGCCGGUGGCGUGUGGUGGUGUUGACGCAGCAGAGCGACGCCCUCCAGUGGAGAGAGAGGAGAGCGUCAUGCCUCUGUGGCUGGUGAGGAGUCUUCCUGUCAUCUACCCGACCAUCAAACACUUCAACAGUCCCUCUGGCUCCGCCCCUGAGACCCCGCCCGCCUCAAGGUGUGUUCGAGCUCGUCAGAGUCACCUGACCUUCCUCCGUUCCACAUCCAACACCUACAGCUUCCCCGCGGGGACACGCUACCCGCCCCGCCUGCCCCCCAACCUCGACUUCCGCCGCAUUGGCUUCGUUCUGCUGCAGCAGCCCCUCCCCCCUCCCUCCUCCUCCUCCCCACCUCCUCCUCCCAGACCGCGCUGCACCCGAGCUCUCAGCCCUCCCCGAGUCCUCCUCCGCCACCUCCUCCUGAAGACUGAGGCUGACAUCACCACCUCCACCGUCUCCAUGACAACCAGAGAGCAAAUCAGACGCCACUACCAAACCCUCGCUGGCCUGAGGAGGAGACGAUUGGCUCUGCCUCCGGCAGAGAAAUCCACCCUGAACGGAGGAGGAGGAGCAAGGAGUGACGAAGAGGAAGCACUGACUCCACCUCCUAUUCCUGAAGGCCCCGCCCCCUCUCAGGUGGAGCUGCAGCAGGGAGAUGAUGUCAUCAAUGUGGGAGGGGAGGAAGAUGAUGACGUUAAAGAAGAGGAGGACGAGGAGGAGGAGAGUGACGUCCUGCUGGCUCUGUCUGAAUCCUCGUCCAGUGUCGCUCCCGAUGAUGACCUGCCUGACCCUGAAGAGGCGGAGUCAGACAGUGAACAGGAAGUUACUCUGACACCACAGAGAGCAGCAGCAGGAGAAGAAGAGGAAGAUGAAGAUGGAGGGAUGUCUUCAGAUGAAUCCGGAGCGUCCAUCCUGCAGCUGCAGGAGAAACUGUCAUCAGAGGGAACUGAUGAUGAUGAUGAAGAUGAUCAGAGGGAGUCGGAGGACGCAGCAUUUGCUCAGGAUUACCUCCUCAGAGUGUGCGAUGCAGUGCAGGUGUGUCCAGGUCGCGCUGAGCAGCUGCUGCAGCUGUUGGAGGAGUUUUCUGCAGCAGGGCCCCCGGGGGCCCCGGAGGGUCUGUAUGACAGACUGAGCUGUGUGCUGCGGCCCUGGCCUCAGCUGCUCAGAGACUUUGCCGCCUUCCUGAACCAAGCUCAGGCUCGCCGCUGUGGACUGCUGUUGGAGCAACAGAUGUUUGAACACAGUCGGCGGUUUCUACGGCGACUGGGGCAGAGCCUGGGAGAAGGCUCCGCCCUCUACAAGCAGGUGGUUUCAAUGCUGCAGGGAAGCUCCACCCCCCCACCUGAGCACAUGGAGCAGAUCUCGUCUCUCCUCAAAUGCCACCCCGACCUGCAGCAGGAAUUCUCAGAGUUUUUCCAGCUGCUCCAUGCCCAGUCGUCUCCUGCAGCAACCAGCUCGGAGACCACAGAGAUGGACUGCGUUUCCCAGAAUACUCCUGACAGAACCAGGAAGACGUCUGAAGAGAGCGAGACAAGAAGUGACAGACAGGAAGAGGAGGAGUCAGAGCGAGCGGUUUGUGCCAAAAACAUCUCGAUGAGCUCCAACGGAGAGAAAGUCGUCAUCUGGACCCGCGAGGCGGACCGCGCCAUCCUGACCGCCUGUCAGCAGCGAGGAGCCAAUAGGAAAACGUUCAGACACGUCUCCGCCCAGCUGGGAAACAAGACCGCCCAACAGGUGAGCCUUCGUUUUCACGACCUGAUGAAUCUUUUCCACUCGGCAUCCCAAAAAUCCACUUCCUGUUCAUCAGAAUGCCAGCCAAUCAGCAGGCAGGAAGCAGCUCCAGACUGAACGAUCACAGCCAAUCACAGACGAGACUUCAAAGCUGAGAAUCUGAUCCGGAUUUUCUGAUGAUGUGGAUCAAACCUGUGACGUUUCAGUUACAGACUCCACACAGAAAAACAAACAAACAAACAAACAGACGACAGGAUUCAUUCAAACUGUCUGUUGAUUCCAGACUCUUCUUUGAGUCUAAAGUGAACAGUAAAAUGAAAUGAAAGGUCGACACUGUGAACGUCUCUAGAAGGACUCAGAAUGUUCCGCGGUUCUUGAAGUGUUGUUAGAACGUGUCUAAAGUCUUUCUAGAGUUCUGCAGAAGGUUCAAAGGUUUCAGGUAAAUCGUAGAAUCUCAACUGAAUUCAGUACAAAGACUCUUGAACAGAUUCAUUGUAAGUGAGUGUAUGAAUCACUACAAGUGUUCUGUAUCCAGAACUGUGUUUGUUUCAUAGAUUCAAGUUUAAUUUAAACAACUCCAGAGUCCAAUGGAAGGAAUCUAGAAAUAAUAUGAAUCACUCUGAACGUCUCUAGAAACAUUGAGGACGAUUGGACUCAGAACAUCUGAACGUUCUGAAGAACUCCAGAAUGACUUUAAACACAUUUUAUAAAGUCUAGAUCUGUUGGUCUAAACUGGGGAAAUUUUCACAUCUGAGAAGUUGAAACCAUCAAAUGUUUUUGGUGUUUUUUGCUUGGUCGACCUAAACGAUUAAUCGAUAAUUUUCUGUUGAUUGACGUAUCGUUGCAGCUUUAGUUUGAUCAGGAUCCUUGAAUCAGAUCUGUUAGAGUGUGAAGAUAAAACCCGUCAGCGUUCUCUGCUGGACAAACUGUUUCUGAAUGAGCUCAAACACUUCUUUGAUAUUUAUAGUUAUUGAUCAGACCACAGAUAUAUUGAUUCAUCUGUGGAUCUGUGGUUUGGAUCCUUCCGAGCAGACAGACGUGUCCUGUUGAAUCCUGUCAGCUGACUUUACUGCAGUAGUUUCUAACUUUGACAGGAAGGUGAAGCUCAGCGUGUUGGAGAGAAGUUUCGUUAUCAAUUAUUCUGAACAUUAUUUUCAGGAUGAAAUCUGUAAAAUGUCAAAAAUGUCCAAAGUUUACUGAGAUAGACAAAAAAAAAGCAGAAAAUCUUAUUAUUAAUCUUAUUUUUGCUUUGAAUCAUUGAUUAUUGAAAUAGUUGCUGACUAAUUUUCUUAUUGGCUGGUCAAUAAAUCAGGUAAUCACUGCAGCUUGAAGGAGUUUGUGUUUAAACGUGAAGGAAACAGCUGAUUCUUCUGUAAAAGCGUUCUGUUGUAACGAAGCUGUCUCUUUGAAACAUUAAAAUAUUGAUCAGGUUUUAGAGUGAACUGAUCAAUCAUAGCCUUAAAUCAUUAAAUUCUCUCUUAGUUUACCUGACAGACAUCUGAAGGUCAGCUUGAGGAGAAUAUUGAUCUUAAAUCUGAUCAGCUGUUCAGUCGAUUUGUUCUGUAACUCUUUACAGACAAUGUCAAGCAGCAACUUUAACAUUUAAGUUUUUUUAAUGCUUCAAACACUUGAACUUUUCAGGAUUUUUCCUGUUUGUGAAUAUUUUAUUUUCUGACGGCAGCAGCAGGUUUCAUCUUCCCGUGAUGCACCAGAGUUAAACUAGAGGCCUUAUGUGUGUUAGUAAAGGUUGUAUAGAUGUUCUGUGAAGGUUUUAUACAUGUUUGUUUAUUCAUAUUGAAUAUGAAUGCAUGAAGGUCGAUUGUUUGCUUCAAUAAAACAUUUUUACGUGUUUUUCAAA